CGUGUUUAAUGUGGCUGCCGGCCGCUUCGCCACCCCGGCCGCGCCGAUUCCGCCCGCGAGCGGCGGCGGAAAAAAAAUCGCCAUCAACAUGGCGGGCGGCAGCAAUCCGCGGAAAUUCAGCGAAAAGAUUGCCCUCCACAACCAAAAGCAGGCGGAAGAGACGGCCGCCUUCGAGGAGGUGAUGAUGGAGCUCAACAACUCGCGGUUACAGGCUCAGAAGGUACGCCAGCUCCGCCUGUCACAUACCCGAGGGCCGUAUUAUGGUGGGUCCCUGCCUAAUGUCAACGCCAUCUCCAGCAACAACACUGAGUUCCAGAGUCCCUUUAGCUCUGUGCUAGACUCCAGUCGUGGCACACGGCAUCACGGAUUGGUGGAGCGGGUACAGAGAGCCAGGCUGAAUUCUCCUCACAGGCGACAGGUUGACAGUUCUCCAUACAGUUCUGCGUACCUAUCACCUCCCCCAGACACCAGCUGGAGAAGGAAUGCCCCACCUUGGUGCAACUUCCCCCUGGAGAAAGGACAUCGAUUCGGAUUAUCUUCGACCCUGAACAGAACCAACUCGGACUCAGCACUGCACACGAGUGUGAACAAUCCGAAUGCAGCCAGUCCAUUCGCCAGCCCUGGCCAGGCCGUGCUUAGCCCCACCAAGAGAAGCGCAGGUUUAAUGGAUGGGGAAUUAGACAGCUUUGGAAAAGGUUUCCCAUUCUCUGUUCCACCACAUGACAAUAUCCACGAUGAGGAUACGCUGCUGCCCAAAGCUCUCUGGGAUACAAGGAAGGUACAGAGUGUGACGUCACGGCCCAGAUCCUGCGAGGUUCCUGGCAUCAAUAAAACCCAGCCACUGUUUAGUGCGCACCCUUUGGAAGGUAUGGAAGAGGCCAUGACCUGGUCAUCAGCUGCUCAGCAGAAAGAUGACCUGUGGAGACGAGCCACCAAGAAGGGCAUCUUCCCAUCACCAGACCAAGUCAGCAGCAUGUCCCAUGUUUCUGGUGCACUGAACACAGGCGGAUCUCUCCCAGAUCUAACAAAUCUGCACUUUCCACCUCCGCUGCCCACCCCACUCGAUCCUGAAGAGUCAACCUUCUCAAGUAUUAGUGGAGGGAGCAGCACGGGCAAUCUUACCACGACCAUGACCCACCUGGGAAUCGGUGGUUCCCUGGCAAUGGCCUCCAACUAUGAGUCCACAGGGGGGCUGUCCUCUUCAUUACAGGGGUCUCUGAGUAACAUGUCUCUACAGUCCUCACUCAGUAACCCGUCGCUGCAAUCCUCGCUGAGUACCCAGUCCCUCAGUAACUCCUCCCUCCAGUCCUCUCUCAGUAACCCCUCCCUCCAGUCCUCUCUCAGCAGCUCAUCCCUUCGCACGUCGCUGAGCAACCCAUCAUUACAGUCGCCGACGGGUAACCCUCCACUGCAGCCUGCUGUCAACGCUGCCUCCAAACAGUCUCCGUUGAGCACCUCAUCACUGCACUCUUCACUGAGCAGCUCCCUCCCGCCUGGUUCCAUCAGCACCUCUCCUCGGAGGAGGGUCCCACUCAACCCUCUUGUCCUGUCUAGUGGAGACUCCAGGAGGCCCCACAGCAAGCAAUUCUCUCCCACCAUGUCUCCCACCCUCUCCUCCAUCACACAGGGUAUUCCCUUAGACACCAGCAAUCUUUCAAUGGACCAGCGACUGCCCCCAUACCCUUUCUGCCAGCAGCAAGGCUACCAGCAAUCCCAGCAGCCAACAUACCAACAGCCUCCAUCCCAGCCACCAGGCUAUCAACAGUCCCAGCUCUCCCAGCAGCAAGGCUACCAGCAGUCCCAGCCCUCCCAGCAGCAAGGCUACCAGCAGUCUCAACCAUCUCAGCAGCAAACUUACCAACAAUCGCAGCAGUCCCAGCCCUCCCAGCAGCAAGGUUACCAGCAGUCCCAGCCCUCCCAGCAGCAAGGCUACCAGCAGUCCCAGCCCUCCCAGCAGCAAGGCUACCAACAAUCGCAGCAGUCCCAGCCCUCCCAGCAGCAAGGCUACCAGCAGUCCCAGCCCUCCCAGCAGCAAGGCUACCAGCAGUCCCAGCCCUCCCAGCAGCAAGUCUACCAGCAGUCCCAUCAAUCCCAGCAGCAAGGCUACCAGCAGUCCCAGCCCUCCCAGCAGCAAGGCUACCAGCAGUCCCAGCCCUCCCAGCAGCAAGGCUACCAGCAGUCUCCGAAAACCAGCCUGUCCCAGCGGCAGCAGCAGGCCACAUCACCUUGUGGUCAAACAGACACCAACCCUGGCAGUCGAACCUCGCUGCUGAAAAACUUCUUUGGAGAUUCCUAUUUUGAGCAGCAGCUCUCAAGCCAGACCACGGGUGACCUGUCUCACCAGCUCGGGUCGUGCAGCACCGACACUUUGGUUGCUAACAUGCCAAUGAACAUGAACACGUUGUGUGGAAACACCGGGAGCAGCAGUUUCACCCAGGCUGCAAUGGUGGGCCUUGUAGAGAGCAGCGAGAGCCUUCAGGACCCACAGCUUCUCAACAAGCAAAACAUGUACUCCUCCAAUCAAAUGACCUCGAUCCCCGAUAUCAUUCUCACAGGUGAGUCCCCUCCUGGUUUCUCCAAGGAGAUCACCAGUGCUCUGGCUGGUGUCCCAGGCUUUGAAGUGGAUUCCCAAUAUCCUUUGGAUGAUGAGCUCAAGGUGGAGCCCCUGUCUCUAGAUGGACUGAGCAUGCUCAGCGACCCCAACCUGACCCUUCUGUCGGAUCCCACUGUGGAAGAUUCAUUUCGAAAUGAGCGUCUGUGAUGGCGGGCAGUGGGAGAGACCAACGGGGGGAUGGUGCUGCAGGGAGGAACCUACCCCCUCGACCCCUACCUCGGUGCCCGAGGUUGGGGGGGUGAAAAGUGAUUGGCAUGUGGCCGAGGGCAGUGGGAGCCAAGCAGACUGAAGCCCUUGUGGAGAGCCUGACAAGGUGCGGCACCAGAGCUUUGGAGCUCAUCCCAUCGUCACUGUGCACGGAUUAGCCCCAGCCUCACGCUGUACGGCAAGCUGCCUGACCCCCAGGGUGCCUGUUGCAAAUCCC